CUUUGCUAGUGAACAGAUUUCUUUGCUACAAGCUAGCUGCGCGCUUGACGUUUUAAAAACCCACCCCCACCAAAAGAUGCUCCUCCGACGGAUUCAAACUGUCCAACAAACAACCACAACAAGUCAGGGGGGACUUUGCCCAACUGUGUCCAAACUUCAAUAAGGAGGCGAAGCCAAAAGCGGCACUUUCGAGGGUGUUAGCAUUGUUUCAUCGUCUACUAUCGCCUCUUGCUGGGGACUACUCGUCUUUUUUCUUUCUUUUUUUAAACAUUUAUUACAUCAUUCGAGGAGUAAUUGCUGAUGAAUUCGCCGAAAAAGGACGGAGAUGAUGAUGUGCCCGUUAAAGACUCGAUAAAAUACGGCGAACUGGUCAUAUUGGGGUACAAUGGCUCUCUUCCCAGCGGCGACCGUGGACGCAGAAAGAGCCGCUUCGCCUUGUACCGACGGGCCAAGGCCAACGGCGUCAAGCCCAGUGCCGUGCACAUCCUCAACACGCCACAGGACAGCAAGGCUGUGCACAGCAGGGGGCAGCACAGCAUCUCUUUCACGCUGUCCCGCAACCAGACAGUGGUGGUGGAGUAUUGCCAUGACAACAACACUGACAUGUUCCAGAUUGGACGCUCUACAGAAAGUCCCAUUGACUUUGUGGUGACGGACACGUCCGGGGGGGCCAAGGAGGGAGAGGACCCCUCCAUCGCCCCCAGUACCAUCUCACGUUUUGCCUGCAGGGUGGUGUGUGAACGCCACCCACCGUACACAGCGCGCAUCUACGCUGCUGGCUUCGACUCCUCCAAAAACAUCUUCUUGGGGGAGAAGGCCACCAAGUGGAAGAACCCCGAUGGACACAUGGACGGCCUGACCACCAACGGCGUCCUGGUCAUGCAUCCGGAGGGUUUCCCGGAGGAUCCCAAGCAGGGUCUGUGGCGGGAGAUCUCGGUCUGCGGCGACGUCUACGCCUUGAGGGAGACUCGCUCUGGACCCAGCAGAGGCAAACUCGCGGAAGGGGAGAGCAGCGCGCUACGGGACGGCUCGCUGGUGGAUCUGUGCGGCGCCACCCUGCUGUGGCGCACUGGCGAGGGCCUCAUGCGUGCUCCCACCCUUCGCCACCUGGAGGCGCUUCGCCAGGAGUUGAACGCCUCUCGGCCUCAGUGUCCUGUCGGCCUCAGCACUCUGGCCUUCCCCAGCCUGCCCCGUAGCCACAGCCUUGAAGAACGCCAGCCUUGGGUCUACCUCACCUGCGGCCACGUCCACGGACGCCACGACUGGGGCCAGAGAUCCGAGGGUGAGGAGGAGCCCGGCGAGGGCGACGGCUCCGCCGUGCGGCGAGAGUGCCCGCUAUGCCGCAGUGUGGGCCCCUACGUGCCUCUGUGGCUGGGCUGCGAGCCGGCCGUGUACGUGGACGUAGGUGCCCCCACGUACGCUUUCGUGCCAUGCGGCCACGUCUGCUCGGAGAGGACAACCAGGUACUGGGCCGACACGCCGCUGCCUCACGGGACGCACGCCUUCAGGCCUGUGUGUCCCUUCUGCUCCUCUGCCCUCAACACACCGGGAUGGACGCGGCUCAUCUUCCAGGGCCCCAUCGACUAAAGCAACCACAACACUAUGAACAAAUGACGGAUCCUUCCCUCUCCCAUCGACAAACGCACUUCCACUUCCGUAGCGUAUGCAGCUCCUGGCCUUAUUCCUCCUUCAGGGCUUGUUGAUGGAUGCACGAUCUGGAGAUGAAACGUGACAGAGAGAUUAAUACGCCCAUUGAUUUUUCAUCUGGAUGUCAUCUUAGACCGCCUAUUUUCAUUCCAUGACAGUACAAAUACUGUGGAUCCCCGCUAUUUGCAGAUUUAUGGUAAAAACUUGAUAUUUUUGCAAGAAAACCUUCAUAUUCUUCUGAAAAUAGGCCAUUGUUUUGGGGCAGAAAACACAUUGUUGCCCUAAGUAGAUGAUCAUUUAUAAAUAAUGAUAACGGAGCAUACAGCAUAAUAAUAGUUACAAAAUAGCAACGCCUGCGUGGCUGCAGAAGCAGCCUGCAGAGCAGUGCAGCCACGUAGCACCACCAGCUACUUCAGCAGAUGUAGGUGGCCCCACAUCCUUUGCGGUUUGUAGCGCUAGCUGACGCCCAGUCUCAAGGCUAGACCGUGACCCCCAUUUCGUCCGUUCCAGCCAUCAUCUUCCAUUAUCGCUCUGAACGUAUUACAUACACUUCACAACGUAACCCUCGUGAAUAGCGGGGAUCUACCGUAUGUUGACACCUCGCCUGUCUGGCAGCCAGAUCCCAAGUCCAUCAUCAAGUAGGAGGAGUGCAAACGAGGGCUGGGGGCUCCAGAAACUCGGUAAGACCCACUUCUCACAACUCCCUGGAAUAACAGCAAUAACUCUCUCGUAUUGAUAAGCUAAGAACGUACGCUGGCUUUGAAGGCCAGCGACGGUCACCUCAAACAUGUCUGUAGCAUUUUUUUGGGUAAGGGGGGGAUCAACCAGAAGUGUGUUGAGAUGUUGACGACCCUUUGAUGGAACCAAAGCGUUAGCCGUCUGUGGUAAACGUGACUAGGAGGCGGCGGUGCGCUCACACACUCCUGGUUGCCGUGCUCGGACGCUGACAGGGUCCUACAGGUUGUGUCAACGUGUCCAAAGGUUUGACCUUGCGUAACCUCAACAGUAACCUUUGUUUUAUUGUUUUUUUUUUUUUAGCGUGUAUGAUGUAUGUGUCCAAAAAAAAGUAUUUUGUUAGGAAACGUGGAGUGAGGGUGUUCGGUGUUUAAAAAGAGUAUUUUUCUAACUGAUGUAGUUGUUGAACUCAGUGAAAGUUGUUGAGUAUGCUCCGGGGAUGUCAGGAGAGCCCGUUAGUGUGCGGAAACAAAAAAAAAACGUUGCCAACACUGUGUCCGCCACACACACGACACGACACAACACUUAGUAUGUAGACACAGUGCUCCCGUAGAACAAUGAAUGUAGCCAACCACGCCGGCUGUGUGUGUCCCAGCCUCUCCCUGGUGCUCAUAUUCAACGCUCUCUAUAUUGUCAUGCUAUUUUUAUAACUGUCGCCUGUCAAAAGAAUUAGCUCAUGGAUGGAAGAUGUGGAGUGGAUAGUCUACACGCUCACUCGUGUCUCGCUUGCAUGCACACACACACACACACACACACACAAACACACACUCUUUCUCUCCUGACCUUUUUAAUUCACAGUGUUUGAUGAUGUCUUCCCAGUCUUCGGCUGUUAAACGUGCAAAAUCUCAUGGGAAAAAAAAAAAAAGGAAAAAUCCUCAUACUUGACAGAGCCACUUUGUACUGUAAUGCUAAUAUUUACCACCAAUGCUGCUGCAGAAUUACGUUAGCACAUGUUAUUGACUGUAUGUUUGCCCAUUCCUCACUCAACAAUAUUUUAGUUACAGUGCCAUUCACACUUCUUUGAUGUCUUCAGACUCCCUCGCGGUGGAUGUUCAUUGUGUUUCUUGGAGCUCAGGAUGAGUCAUUUCUACAACGCAUGAAACAUGACAGCAUUUACAGCAUCUGCUGUGGGAGAAGCUGUAUAGCUACUGCGCAGGAUUAGGAUCUUUUCAAGAAUAAAGUCCAUAGUUUAGGAGAAAUCAAGUGGGAGCAUUAGGAGAAUAAAGUGUCAUGGAGUCCUAUGUAGAGCAUCCUUCUUAAGGAAGGAAGAGAACUUUCCUCUUGCUUGAGGCAAGCUUUUAUUUAUAAUGUGGCAGCAAAACAUUUAGAUUAGCUUGGCUAGCCCUUCUCACUUCCACCUUCCUGACCCAGAACAGUUUUUUCCCCUAAAUAUAGGACUUUAUUCUCCUAAAUGUCAGACUUUACUCUCAUAAAUCUACCACUUUAUCCUCUUAAUCUUGGAUUUUUCUUUGUUUUCAAUGUGGCCCUAAUACUCUGUGGUAUACUUGAUGGCAGCGUUAAUGUUGUAAAGGAUAAAACUUUACCACACCUGCCAAACAACAAAAUAGAACAUAUUGGCAUGUGGAUGGAAGAACUGGUGCAGCACCUCUUUUUACUUGUUUGACCUCAUUAAUUAUUAUUUUCUUACCUUUAUAGCUGUCUGUACACAAUUUCAACUCUUUAGUUUUCACAUUUUAGUGUCUUUACGAGCCACAUACAGCAUUAUCUACUUUUAAAAUAUGCUUUGUUCAGAUGUUUUUUCUUGUCGUUAUUGAGCUCAUCUGGGUAGGUCAGUGAGUCAGUCCUUACACCACCCGGCAUAGUGAAUUAUGCAUUUGAAUAACAACCUGUGUUAUUUUGUACAGCGGUUUGAUAUGAUUUUAUCAUCAUAAUCCUCUGUAACCUGAACGGUGCACAGACAAUCGCUAUACACAUGUCAAUAAACUUGUGGGAAAGUGCCCCUCUGA